GGCAGCGGCGGCGGCGGCGGGCUGAGCGGAGCGCCGGAGCCAGAGGAGAGCGCGGAGCGGCGGCGGCGGCGAGCGAGGGGAGCGGCGUCCCGUGCCAAGCAGGCUGCGAGCAUGAAUGGCGGGGCGAGAAGACUCCAUCUUGGGCUGCCUCGCCGCGCCGCUGCAGCAGCAGCAGCAGACACGCAGGUAGGGGGCUCGCCGACCCGACGUGGGGAGCCUCCCACCGGAGGCGCCCCGGUCCCGUGCGCUCCCCUCCGGGCGCGCAAAACAAGGGCGAGGCUGCCCGCGGGCGCUUGGUGAGGGCCCCAACCGAGCGCCCUUUUCCAAGGCGGCCUAGUCUCCGGGAUCGCCAACUGGGGUGGGGUUGGGAUCGGUAGGGGAUCGUCCCGGGGCCCCGCGGUGUUUGGGGAGGGGGGUGUGCAAACGGGGCGCGCGGCGACGCCACUUUUCUCCCCGCGACGCGCGCCCGAGAUCGCCGCCGGGGCGCGCCGCCCUCCAGCCAGCUGCGUAAUUGGGCAUCCGGAUCUCCGGAGCUGGGAAGGGGAGGGAGGGGGUCCGCGCCAGUCCCGGGAAAGAACCGAGGGACACCCCCCAAAAAAAACCACACACCCAGCCACCCAAGAAAGGGAAAGUUUUUCCCUCCUGCCAGGGCGGGGGUUCUAGAACUCUCCAGGCGCUCGGAAAGAGGUCGGCCCGGGGAUUUAGGAAGGGGGGUGCGGAGAGCCUGCUUGGCUGGGUGUUAUUUUUUUGGGGAGGGGAGGGGUGUAGCGAAAGAGGAGGCGAAGCUGCGCAUUUAGCAUCCUCGCCACGGAUUGCAUGUUUCGAUCUCUCUCUUUUGGAGGGGGGCGGGGGGAGUGGACGGGAGACCUUGAAGAGACCCCCUCCCCAAACACCUAUUCCGGAAAUGACCCCUGGGCGAUCCGGGAUAUUUUUGGGACCCCUGGGUCGAAAAGUCGGGCCUGUGGUGGUGGCUGAUCUGGCUUCCUUAAUUUUAAUUCUGGAAGCCACCCUGAUAUAGGUACAUAUAGAGAGAGAGAUGAGGAUUCCGCGGCUUUUCUGCAGCCAUCCUAUACACUGGAUCUGGGAUCCUAGCGCGCGGAGCUGCGCGCUUGUGGAGGCGAGCAGCGGCGGGUGCCUCCGGCGGCUUGGGGCGAUUCUCUUUGGGUCCUGGGAUCGCGCGAGGCUCACGCACUCCUGUGCUUCUCAUGGGUUAACAGAGAGGCGAUGGAUCUCAGCGGGGGAUCCUUUUUUGGAAGUGUUCGGGGCGACCUGGAUAUUUGGGGUUAGAAAAGGGAUCUCCGCUUGCAUGUUUUCCAUGGCAGCAGAAAUACAAAAAUAUUGGGAAAGGGCGAGUUUUGAAGAGGAUCUGUGUUUGGGGAUGGGGGUGGGCAGCCUCUAACAGCACCCCCCACCCUAACAUGAAGGGCAGUGGGGAAGGGGGGGAGAGGCUGUGAGGGUGACCUCAUUAGGAGAAGGGAUCCUGUUCAGCUUUCAUCUCUUCGCCUGAUCUUCUUCUCCUUGGUUCCCUCUUCCGCAAGGGAACGCUGAGGGUUAACGUGGCCGAAGCUCUGGUUGUUUUCCUGACCUAGUGGCGCUUAUCCCAUGCCCAAAACAGCGCAGGCUUGGCGCACCUCAGAAGUUUGCCUCCCGCCGAUCGCCCACAGCGGCUGUGGCCCCUGCUUUUGAGGUGCUGAGCACCCUGCCUCACGUACAUGCCCAUGUGCCGUUUCUCAAACCUGCCAGUCUGGUGCCUCCCGGAUGUUUUGGACGACGGCUCCCACCAGCCCCAUCGCUGCCCUCAAACACACGGAGGGCACCAGGUUGGCAGAGCUUGCCUUAUAUCCCUGCGAUCCCUGCAUUGCAGGAGGUUGGGCUCGAAGACCCUCAGGGGGGGUCCCUUCCGAGCCUACCACUCGAUGGAAAAAACCAUUGCCCGUUAAUGGCACGGACUCCUUCCUUCGUAAUCUCCUGUUUAUUUACCUCCAAAAGACAUCUUGCGUGUCUUGGAUGUGCGUGUCGAUAUCCGCUGCCGUUCCUCACGACAACUUCGCCACACGCCUGUCAGAACCUUGUGUGCACCACAGACCCUUUCUGUUUCCUGUGAUCCCCUCUCGCUUCGCCUGCCUUUCUUGUACGUGCCUCAGACCUGUUUCCCCUAUAUGCCUUUCUCCCUAUAGCGAAUUUCUCUCAGUGUCUUAACUCUAUCCCACUCCUGCGACGGGGACAUAAAUAAGUGCCAAAUCCUAAACAGAAACCUCCGAGCCACACAGGACAUUUUUCUAGGCCUGAGGCAGAAAAUCCACACUGGGUGUCACGCCAAACCUAGCUAACAUCGUCAUCCUACAUUCACAUUAUUAAUUGAUUUAUAUCCCAUCUUUCCUCCAAGGUGGCAUACGCUGUCCCCUCCCUUUUGUCCUCACAACAACCUUAUGAGGUAGGCUAGCCCGAGAGCCGGGAACUGUCCCAAGGUCACCCAGUAGUGAGCCUUGCGACUGAGUAGGGAGUUGAACCCUGCCGUCUCUAACCACUAUACCGCACUGCAGGGAUGUCUGGCUUGUGUGAGGGCCCUGCUGUUUGCAGCCGGCUUAGGGCAAGGCUGCCGGCCUGCCGUUUGUUCCUCCUCAGCCGAAAACACAGGACCGGCACACUUCCGUAUGCUGUCAUGCCCUCCUCAGCCGGGGUUGGGGAAAAUACUUCACAUUUUUGGUGGCCGAUCUCAGCUUUCAGCGGGAAGUAAAGUGGGAGGGAAGAUCAGGGUCACAUCCAGAUUCCUUUUAGCGGCGCCGUUACGAAACCCUGAGGCUGGGGAUUUCACCCCUCUCAAACUGGCUUUAAUAACCCCAUAUCCCUUAGGCCAUCUUUGCAACGUUAUUUCCACACACACACACACACACACACGGCCACAUCUUGCACGCAAGCUUGCACAUAAACACACAAAAUUCUUCCCCUCUCAAAUCUUCUCUCUGCCACCGAACACACCCUCUCGACACGCCCCCCUGCCCUCAUUCUCACACGUUUAUUUCUCUUGUUUAUUCCUUUUUUCCACCCCACCUUGCCUUCCAAGGAGCUCAAGAGUGUGGUCCUUCACAUCCCCAGUUUAUUCACCCCUGCAAGGUAGGGUAGGCUGAGAGAGGCAGUGGUUGGCCCCAAGGUCGCUUCGUGGCUGUGGGUGGCAGGGGGAAAAGGAUUUGAACCCAAGCCUCUUAGCCCGACACUCUAUAACCCAGACUUCCUCAACCUGGGCCCUCCAGAUGUUUUUGGCCUACAACACCCAUGAUCCCUAGCUAGCAGGACCCGUGGUCAGGGAUGAUGGGAAUUGUAGUUUCAAAACAUCUGGAGGGCCGAGGCUGAGGAAGCCUGCUCUAACCACUGCACCACACUGUUUGUAAGCAUCGUCCUCACCCGCGUUCCCCUCUCCCCGGCACCCUCUCCUGCCGCAAUCCCUUAACGCUCUUCUCUGCCCCAAUUCGAUGCCCCUGCCUGCACCCCUCACUUAACGCUUUCCCCUCUCACGACCUGGCUGUCACUUUCGCACCCGGGGCUCCGCGCAGGUGGAGAGCGAGGGGCCGUCAAACGCACGGGCGCAUGAGGUGACAUGUAUGAGGAUGCGUGUUCCCUCUUGAUCCCGUAAGAGCAGCCCUCUGCGCACGCAUGGGAGAACGUGGCUGUGAGCGGAUGUCCGAAUUGAGCGCAUAGCCCAGAGGCUUGUUUUGUUUUCUGGGUGCGCAGAGCUCUUUGGUGCGCACAUGCUUACGAACGACGGUGUGCGUUUCUCCCCUGCUGCCGAUGCACAGUGUGAUUCCGGGUGCCCCGAAUGCCAUUGUGAGAAACGCCUGGGGGGCCUUGAGAUACUGUGUGGGCUUCUCCGUGAUCUGAGCAUGUUGGGCGGCGAGGAACCACAGCGCGAAAAUGGCCCCGUCCCUCGAGGCAGUGCUGUGGAGACCCCAGCUUCUGUGUUUGUCUGUGAGCUUUUGAAGGGUCUGCGAUGCGACGGGGGAAGAUUGCGUGCAAAUCUAUACCCCCCCAUUUAAAAAAAAGCACUUCGGGUUAGCUUUUUAUCGGCAAAGGGUAGAAAACAGCUGCUUGCUUUUCCUUCGGUCGAAGGGACCUGUUUUUAAGAUGCAUGUUGUUGAGAAUUUUUUUCUGGGGGAAGCGUGUGGCCCCUGCAGCCCUGCUCCCGGCCCGAGUGCGGCCCACUCCCCGGAGGACCGCAGGGCUGGCGCAGGCCAAGCGACAAUGAAAGGUUUGCCAAAGCCAGGCAGCUCGGUUGUGAAGCUGGCUGGGUGACCUUGGUCCCGUCCCUCGCUCUCAGGGCCAGCCUGUCUCUCAGGGUCGUGGCGAGGAUGUCACGGCGAAGAGCUGUCCGUGCCAGCUUGAGCUCUUUGAAGGAAAGGUGGGAUCUAGAGGCAAUGAAUCGCAGAUUUCCAGAGCUGGAAGGGACCCCCCGAGGGUCAUCUAGACCAACCCGCAGCAAUGCAGGACAUUUUGGCCCAGCGUGAGGCUCGAACCCACAACCCUGAGAUUAAGAGUCUCAUGCUGAACCGACUGAGCUAGAAAAUAAACAGACAUGACGCAGCCCCUUUUCAGCCCUUCGGGUUCAAUGCGUUUUGGACCUUUAACAUUAAAAAACCCCAAUCCUUUUAAAACAGGGAAAGGUAUGCUUUAAAAAUAAAGAACCGUGCUAUAAUUCUCAUGAAAAUGUUGCUGAACCAAAUGGAUGCGCAGGUGAGGUAAGUCACUGUUCUUGCUCUUCCCCGCCCGCCCCCAUUUUGCAGGUGGGAGGACUGAGAACGGUUGGCCUCUGAGUUCACGGAAGAGGCGAGAUUUGAACCCAGGACCUGCUGAUCGUAGCUCAGUCGGUCACUUAGCCGCUACACCGGGGAAAGGAUAAUAAUAAUAAUAAUAAUAAUUUAUUAUUUAUACCCUGCCCAUCUGGCUGAGUUUCCCCAGCCACUCUGUGUGGCUCCCAAUCGAGUGUUAAAAACAAUACAGCAUUAAAUAUUAAAAACUUCCCUAAACAGGGCUGCCUUCAGAUGUCUUUUAAAGAGAAGAUAGCUGCUUAUUUCCUUCACAUCUGAAGGGAGGGCGUUCCACAGGGUGGGCGCCACCACUGAGAAGGCCCUCUGCCUGGUUCCCUGUAACCUCACUUCUCGCAAUGAGGGAGCCAAUGUAGAUCUCUCACGACCGGUGUUAUGUGGUCCCAGUGGCCGCUCCCAGUCACCAGUCUGGCUGCCACAUUCUGGAUUAAUUGCAGUUUCCGGGUCACCUUCAAAGGUAGCCCCUGUAGAGCGCAUUGCAGUAGUCCAAGCGGGAGAUAACCAGAGCAUGCACCACUCUGGCCAGACAGUCCGCAGGCAGGGAGGGUCUCAUCCUGCACACCAGAUGGAGCUGGCAGACAGCUGCCCUGGACACAGAACUGACCUGCGUCUCCAUGGACAGCUGUGAGUCCAGAAUGACUCCCAGGCUGCGCACCUGGUCCUUCAGGGGCACAGUUGCCCCAUUCAGGACCAGGGAGUCCUCCACACGUGCCCACCUCCUGUCCCCCAAAAACAGUACUUCUGUCUUGUCAGGAUUCAACCUCAAAGUGUUUUUAACACUUGAUUGGAAGCCGCUGGGGAAACUCAGCCAGAUGGGCGGGGUAUAAAGAAUGGGUGCCAAGGAAGCUGGCCUGGCGAGGGGCGUGGCCUGGAGAAAGGGGGUGUGGCCUGGGAGCGUUUUGUGGGCCACAUAGGAGGAAUUGGAGGGCCGCAUUGCUCUCUCAUUUCCACAUACUAUCUCUUUUAACACCAGUAUUUUGGAGCAAAACAAGGCCUAAACCCAGAUUAGGGAACCCGGCAAUCUAACCAGUGUGCGUGUGUGAAUAUUUCUGUAGGGAGAAUAGGCCGGGUACCACAAGAUUUGCCCGUGGUUUCCGUUUUACACGGAGGGGCCCCUGCGUGGCCGGCCAGCAGCCAUCUUGUCCCGGUGCCAGCCCCGGCGGAGGGCAUUUCCAGGGGACACUGGGGCUGGGCUAUGUUUUCCCUGGAGGGCUUCCAGCCUCCUUCUGAUCUCCAUUGUUAGGGCUGGCUUCUUGUUGUUUUUCUCCUCGGCCGUCGGUUUCAUGCUGCCUCGUUGCUGUGUGAGGCAGGCCGGCCGACCUCCCCCUUCCUUGCUUGUUUGCUAGCUAGCAGAAACACGCUCUGCCUCUCUCUCUGAAAAGGUCAUUCUUCCAGGCAAAGCAUCCCAGCCCGGGGUGUGUGUGUGUGUCUUCCAGGCCUUCGCUCAAAACCGAAACCUUGCAUGACGGGCUCCUAGGACAGGAGUCAGCAACCUUUCUCAGCCGGGGGCCGGUCCACCGUCCCUCGGACCUUGUGGGGGGCCGGACUAUAUUUUUGGGGGGAGGAAAUGAACACAUUCCUAUGCCCCACAAAUAACCCAGAGAUGCAUUUUAAAUAAAAGGACACGUGCUACUCGUGUCGAAACACCAGGCAGGCCCCACAAAUAACCCAGAGAUGCAUUUUAAAUAAAAGGACACAUUCUGCUCAUGUAAAAACAAGCUGAUUCCCGGACCGUCCACAGGGGUCAGCAACCCGUGGCUCCGGAGCCGCAUGUGGCUCUUUUACACCUUUGCCGCGGCUCCGGGGCGGAUACUAGCGAGGGGAGGAGGCGCAUUGUGCGCCCCGACACUCCCCACUGUGGCGGGCGCUGUACUGGCUGUGACGUCGCAUUAGUCACGCACCGUCCCGACGUCACCUUCCUGCCCGCUGUCAGAUCGCGGCUCCGGAGAUAUAUUUGUUUUAAAUGUCGCAAUGGUUUUGCGGCUCCCAGUUUUUUUUUUGUUCGGAAACGGGUCCAAGUGGCUCUUUUUGUCUUAAAGGUUGCAGACCCCUGGCCUAGGUCUAGGACAUGGAACGCAACUUUAAAGCUGGGUGUUAAGAGGAUUUGAUUCAGAUAAGGUCUCCUGAACCAUCCUCCGUGGUCCUAGAUCUACGUGCCUCUGAAUCGGAGCGCCUAUUCCCAGAAUCGCUGCAGGGAUGGAAUUUGGGGGCCCAGCGGGGUCAUCUAGUCCAGCCCCCCGCAAUGCAAGAUCGUUCCCCGCCAGGGGUGUGCCGCUCUUCCACACGCACACCCUGGUUACUCUUAAAAAGUUAUUUUAAAGGGUUGGGUUUCACACACACACCCUUCCUGUCAUCCGUGUGUUUUUUUCCGAGGAGAGAGUUGGGAGGGCUUAAUAAUAAUAAUAAUAAUAAUAAUAAUAAUAAUAAUUUCUUCAUAUCCCGCCCUCCCCAGACGAAGCUGGACUCAGAGCGGUUAACAGCAAUAAAAGUAGCACAGGUUUGGGGUUCAGAAUGGCGAAUCUGCUUGCAGGCUUUCCCGUAGGGCGGAGGUUUUGGGGAGACUGUGGGAGACAGUGCCCCACAACCUGUGUUAGUGAUCGGCUGGGCGUGUUCUGUGACUGGUGUGGGUCCAAUUGCAGCCCCGUGGAGAUCUCUAGGCGCUAAGUUGGCGGCGGACCUCCCCCUCUGGCUGGCCCCUCCAGCUUUCUUAAACAGGUGAGCAGAAGAACUCAUUUACUGCUCCCCCCCCAGCUAAGUUAAGCCCCACAACGACCCUGAAAGGUAGGCGAAGAGGCUGCGACUGAGUCCCAGGUCCCCCAGGGAGCCUCAUGACUGAGUGGGGAUUUGAACCCUCAUCUCCCAGGUCCCAGUCCGACACACUAACCCUGGCUUCCUCAACCUUGGCCCUCCAGAUGUUUGGAAACUACAGUUCCCAUCAUCCCUGACCACUGGUCCUGCUAGCUAGGGUUUGUGGGAGUUGUAGUCCAAAAAACAUCUGGAGGGCCGAGGUUGAGGAAGCCUGCAGUCUAACCCAUGGGAAGGCAAACUAAGGCCCAAUCGCCUUCUCAAUCCAGCCAGCGGACAGUCCGUGAAUCAGCGUGAUUUUACAUUAGUAGAAUGUGUCCUUUUAUUUAAAAUGCAUCUCUGGGUUAUUUGUGGGGCAUAGGAAUUCGUUCAUUUUUAUUUAUUUUUUCAAAAUAUAGUCUGGCCCCCCCACAAGGUCUGAGGGACAGUGGACCGGCCCCCUGCUGAAAACGUUUGCUGAUUCCUGCUCUAACCACUACACCCCACUGCCUUCCUAUAGUCCUUCUGCUAUGGGGCAGCUCUAUAAAUUAAGUAGGUAAAUGAAUAUGGGGAAAGCAAAACGCCACAUAGAAAAGAUCUGGAAUAUUUUCCUUGACGCUUGCAGUUGCUUUAUUCCAGAUGGUUUUAUUUGAAGUUUAACGUGCUGCAAACCGCUUUGAGAUCGUUUCGUUAAACUGUACAGGGGUAUAGAAAUGAAAUGAAAAACAACAACAACAUUGCUUUGGAACUUCUGUUUGUGUGUUUACCUUUAAAUAUUGUCGCGCCGCUUUAGUGGCUCUCAAAGUACAAGAGGAGAAAGACGAUGGGUCGUCCUACUCUGAGUAGCCCCAUAUAAAUUACUAAACCCAAGUUAGCAUUGUCCCUUAAUUUCAGCAGGCGUAUUCGAAGAAGCAUUGGCUGCCACCCAAAAAUACAGAACAGAACAAGUCGUUUUUUGACUUUAAAAACAACCUCUGUUUACAAAACAACAUGCUUUGUUACUUAUAGGUAUAGUUGUUAAUUGUGCAUAUUCAGUUGUUCAGAGGGGCAAUUCAGUGCAUUAUUGAGUUGUGUAUUUUGGCCAGGGGUGUGUGUAACCUGGUGGCGUGGGUGGUGCUGUGGGUUAAACCACAGAGCCUAGGACUUGCCGGUCAGAAGGUCGGCGGUUCGAAUCCCCGCAACUGGGUGAGCUCCCGUUGCUCGGUCCCUGCUCCUGCCAACCUAGCAGCUCAAUAGGUACCGCUCCGGCGGGAAGGUAAAUGGUGCUUCCGUGCGCUGCUCUGGUUCGCCAAAAGCGGCUUAGUCAUGCUGGCCACAUGAGCCGGAAGCUGCACGCCGGCUCCCUUGGCCAGUAAAGCGAGAUGAGCGCCGCAACCCCAGAGUCGGCCACGACUGGACCCAAUGGUCAGGUGUCCCUUUACCUUUACUUACACACCCCUUAGGGACGCAGGUGGCGCUGUGGUCUAAACCACAGAGCCUAGGGCUUGCCGAUCAGAAGGUCGGUGGUUCGAAUCCCCGCGACGGGGUGAGCUCCCGUUGCUCGGUCCCUGCUCCUGCCAACCUAGCAGUUUGAAAGCACGUCAAAGUGCAAGUAGAUAAAUAGGUACCGCUCUGGCGGGAAGGUAAACGGCGUUUCCGUGGGCUGCUCUGGUUCGCCAGAAGCGGCUUAGUCAUGCUGGCCACAUGACCCGGAAACUGUACGCCGGCUCCCUCGGCCAGUAAAGUGAGAUGAGUGCCGCAACCCCAGAGUCGGCCACGACUGGACCUAACGGUCAGGGGUCCCUUUACCUUUACCUUUAACCUGGUCUGGAGGGACUGGGAGGCGAUGAUUUUGCUUGAGGGGGGUGUGGUCCUUGCUAUUUCAAGGCCCAUGCCCUCCCCACCAUCUAGUUGCACAAGGCAGCAGGUUGUAGCUCAAUCCCAGUCGCCUUUCAGAGCGUUUCUGGGUCACUCUCCUUCCCUUUAUUCCCACGCCCAAUGAUGGAAUGCAUGUUUCUGCAUCCUUAUGUGCUGUACUCGCGCAUUGCCGCUGGGUGAAGAUUUUGGGUCCUGCAAGCACCUUAAGACAUUCCAGUACGUGACAGCAUCAUCUGCGGGAGCUCGGGAGACUUUUUGUGGCAGAGAGAUCUUGCAAUCCCUGUGUGUUUUUUUUCUCAUUUUUAGCACAUUCUUUGCACUGGGUUCGCUGUGGGGAUUGCCUGUGGAAAUGUGCAAACAGGCCUUUUGCUGCGGUUUUUAUUUUUAACACUGCGUGCAUCCGUAGAACGCCGAGUGUGUUUUCUUAGGCAGUUUUUCUUUAGUCUCUGUAAAAAACCGGGGGCCGUGGUGGCGUGUUGCGUUGGAGGAGACGAAGGAACUGGCAUGACGUCAUAGCCGACUUGGCCAUUCACAGCUCAGAAUCGCUUCCGUGCCUUUGCUUGCUGACGUACCCAUUGGCCAUGGUUGUCAUGAGUCUGCGCUGACAUUUGCUUUUAUUUCCCCCCAAAUAAGCAGUUGUGUCAAUAUCCUCAGGAGCCUUUGAUCCCUUUUUCCAGGACCUGAGUUCGAGAUCUUGCAGCUAUGCAGCAGGAACUCUCCUGCCCCCUCUCAGAGCUGUUGGCUUUUGCCCAGGAGGACUCCAAGCCGCUGUCAGGGUCGUAAGCGACUUCCUUUGCCGAGGAAAAAGAGCCGAAGUGUUUGGUGUUUCUAUGACGACGCCUGGUGUUGUUUUUCGGUUAAUGAUUUGCGAGCGCUCGGCUACUUCCUUUGGCUUUGGAAGCGAUUUUCUUGUCUUUGCUUGAAAGGGAAAAAUAAUCCGUCAGAGUUAUUUAUUAGCUCCAGAACAGCUUCGACUGGACUCUGCCUGACGCAGAGGCGGCUGUCCAUCAACACCCCCCUUCCACCUUAACUACAGCUGACUUGCACCCCUUGCGAUUUCCCCUCUGAUGCAUGCAGAUGCAUACUUGUUUUUUCACACACACACCCCGAUGUGACUCGUCGCUUCGCCAGAAUUGUACCCGACUGCACCACAUAGCACGUGCCCUACCACUUUUUCUGAACCCUUGCCCUCUGCGCUGCAAUGAACUCAGAUCUAAGACCUCUCCCAUCAGACUGUGGCUGUAAGAUGCGCAGAAAAACCCCCGACGGCCUUCUUUUCGUGUUGCUCCGAUGACGCACAUUGUUGUUGUUGUUGAGUCGUUUAAUCGUGUCUGCCUCUUCAUGACCCCCUGGACCAGAGCACGCCAGGCCCUCCUGUCUUCCACUGCCUCCCGCAGUUUGGUCAAACUCAUGCUGGUACUUCGAGAACACUGUCCCACCAUCUCGUCCUCCGUCGUCCCCUUCACCUUGUGCCCUCCAUCUUUCCCAACAUCAGGGUCUUUUCCAGGGAGUCUUCUCUUCUCAUGAGGUGGCCAAAGUCUUGGAGCCUCGGCUUCAGGAUCUGUCCUUCCCGUGAGCAUUCAGGGCUGAUUUCCUUCAGAAUGGAGAAGUUUGAUCUUCUUGCAGUCCAUGGGACUCUCAAGAGUCUCCUCCAGCACCAUAAUUCAAAAGCAUCCAUUCUUCGGCGAUCAGCCUUCUUGAUGGUCCGGCUCUCACUUCCAUACGUCACUACUGGGAAAACCAUAGCGCCCUUAUAUUCCAGAUUUCCUGCAAAAUCGACGCAGGAUGCAACCCUGUCACCCUCCUCUUUUCCUCCAGUCCCCAAGAAGCGCACCCUCCGAGAUAUCUGCCUGUGCCGGACACACUCCAUCCUGGCCGUCGUCAUCUCGCGCUCCCGACCACAUUGCCCGUUCUGGAAUCACAUCAUGCCCGCUGCGCACCAGGCGUAGAAACCCCGCUUCCUUCGCCGCUGCUGAGGGCUCCCCGCGCAGGCCGAAUCCAAUUGGGUGACGCCUCUCGGCCUCUCGGCCUGACCCACAUACCGAAACAGCGUCUGGCUUGCUCCCGAUGGACACACAACACCCGCCGUUUUGCUGAGGAAUGCGUGCCCACGCAGGCCCCCCCUUCUGCAGCUGACACCCAAGACACCUGAAGCUGCGGUGUCGGUGUGGCGGAUCGCGUCCCCGUCUUCAGUUACGCCCAUCUGUAACACCCGACAACAGAUCCUGACACACACAGGCUGACGCAGGCCAAUCGCAGCGAUCCUCGCGCCCCGGCCCUGUUGCGCAGCAAAGGUUACGCUGCCUGGACCCGUCAGGCAGUGACUUUUGGAGGCUGUGGCCUCUCUCCUCUUCCGCCCUCUCUGCCCGCCUGCCUUUCUGCAUUCUUCUAGUGCUAAGCUGGGGAGGAGGAUGUUAACACGAGGCUGCUGAGAUCACAGGCUCUCCGGAAAUGGCAGAGGAUCGGGUUCCUUUGGCUGAGCAAGCUCGGAGGCUCAGCUCUCCCCACCGCUCGCGGGGAAACAUGGUGGGGGCUUCGAUUCCGGGAGGGGAAAUCUGUGGGGUAGGCAGCACCUAGGAUAUCCCUUGACUUUGGGGUUUUCUGAAAGCGGAGUCUGGUGGGAAGGGAGCCAGGGCUUGAGAUCACACAGCAAAAGGGAAUUUGCAUCUUGUGUUUACAAGCAGAAUUGAACCCAGGCCUGCUGGAGCCGCAGCAAGGCCUUCUGAGGGUUCUGGAUUCGAAUCCAGGGCUUCGUUUUAGAGGGGCAGGCAGGCGUUUGUGGCCCAAAGGUAGUGGAAAACUGGUGCCCCCUCCUCCGUGAAUGUGCGCAGAAGAGGCAGCCAGAAAGAUGGGAAAAAGAGAGGUCCCCCCCCCCCCGCUCUGAGCCACACAACCUUAAAAAAAAAAGUCCGCAAAUCUGUGCUCAAAGGGGAACAGAAAUAGCAACUCGGCAAGCUGGUGACAUCCUUUAUUUUAUUUUAAGGUUUCUGGAUUUUUCAGGAGGCGGAACGUAAGAGCAAUUGAGGCUUGGAGCCUCUCUCGCUGUUCGCUCCCAGUAUCUACCAUUUAAUUAGACAUCUAUACAUGACUCUUUUUUUGAGUAAUCUAAAUGUCCUGAAACCUGUAAGUUUGGGCUGGAAGGUGUUAAUCACAAAGUCCUUUUAAUUGUGCGAAUAGGGCCAAAUUUUCCAUGAUGUCCGUAUGAGGAACGGAUACGACUUUUCUGCCGAAAUGGCGGGCAAGCAUCCAGGGAAAGAUGAUGAAAGCAAGUGUUGGUUGUUGUUGUUUUUAAAAAAGAGUGACACUGUGGAAAAAUACAAGCAUUUAAAUUUUUUUUUAAUGCAGUGGGUAUUGUUUUCGAUCUUAUAUCUCUCUUCACUCAGAAGUAACAGGAAUGGCACGUUAAAAAGAUAAGUCCUGGUUGAUACUGCUAACUGUCAUAUUUGACAGAGGGGAAUCUGAGAAUUUCAGACCAUCGUAAGCUUUUUCUUCCUAGGAAGGCUAGUCAGUCACGCACUCGGUUUUCUUGAAAAAAUAAAGCAAGUUUCUAGUUCUGAUGAAUGGGGGGGGGUAUUUGAAUUCAUUCCUGCGCCUAAUAGACCAUGGCUUCGGCUGGGGAGGGUGGGAUAUAAAUCAAAUGUUAUUAUUAUUAUUAUAGAAUCAGAAUUGCAGGUAGAUUGAGGGGUGGGUGUGUUUUAUGGAGGGUGCCAGGAAGUGACUACAGUCAUACCUCGGGAUAAAUGUGCUUCAAGUUAAGUAUUUUCGGGUUGCGCUCCGCGGCGACCCGGAAGUAACGGAGCGUGUUACUUCUGGGUUUCGCUGCAUGCGCAGAUGGUCAAAAUGAUGCCUCGCGCAUGCACGGAAGUGGCGAAACGCGACCUGCGCACGCUCAGACGUGGGUUGUGUUCGCUUCAGGAUGCGAACACGGCUCCGGAACGGAUCCCGUUCGUAUCCCGAGGUACCACUGUAUUCCAGGGGUCAGCAAGGUUUCUCUUGCCUGGGCCGGAUUGGUCCCGCGGAGAUCUGUCCGUGAGCCGGAUCAUGUGUGCUUGUGAGCACGCGAUUUCCGGCACGUGCGCAGAUGCAAUUUCCAGCACCGUGGAAGUGAGUCCCCGUACAUUGGUUUAGCGCAGCGCGUGAGCGCUCAGCCGGUCAAAUGACCUCCGCGGGCCGCUUUUGGCCCAUGGACCUUUGGUUGCUGACCCCUGGUCUAUUCUAUCCCCUCUUGAGGCCUGGGAUCCUGUUCAUAGCUGUCAACUUUCCCCUUUUCUUGCGAGGAAUCCUAUUUGGAAUGAGGGAAUUUCCCUUAAAAAAAGGGAAGCGUUGACAGCUGUGAUCCUGUUUCUGACCCCAAAUGCAACAGAGCCUCAACUCUGCCCGCCGUUUGACCAUUUCUGCCCUCUUUUUAGAAAAAUCCAAAACUGAAACAAAAAGCUGCAUAGGUUUUAAUGGAAGAUUCCUUUUCUAGCGGCAGAAUUUAAGGUGUGUUGGGCACAGGGAUAACAAACAGUUUAAAUUUGGGGUAACGCAUCGUCUCUUUCUUUCCACCCAGAGGGUCCUGUUCAGGCGGAUUUGGAGACAGCAUCUUGAGCAACAGGGACACAGACACCCAGUAGAUGUGGUCUACUCGUGUAGGUAAGGCUGAGGUCCAUCACCCUUCCUUUGCACUUGUUCUCCUUGGGGUGCUGUCAAGAGGCAAAGAGGUGCUGGCCGGGCUUCUGGGAAUCGUAGUCCUAACCCCCAGGUGUGGGGAUGAAGGCCUGCCAUGGGUCUCCAUGGAAACGCCACCGCGCUUCCCUCUUCCGGUCGCCAUAGCGACAGCAGCUGUAUCUAGGCCAGUCACCACCCCAUCUGUGUCUCCGCGGCAACGGUGCCUGGAUCUAGGCUAGCCCCUGCUUCUAGCUCUGGUCCCCAUGGCAACCGCCGUCGGGUUGCCACGACUCGGCUCAGCCUCUUUCUAGAGCCUUCGCUUUGGCUCGUUGCCUCCUUCUAGAACGUUCCGUUUGGCUCGCCAUUUUUUAACCCAUGGGUUGGUUUCCAAGUCCGCCCAGCUUGAAAGUUGCCUUGCAAAACAGCCUUGCCCACAUUAAAAGUCUCAUUGGCAGGGCGGUCUAGGCUACAGAACUGGCUCUGCUAAUAAUAAUAAUAAUAAUAAUAAUAAUAAUAAUAAUAAUAAUAAUUUAUUUAUACCCCGCCCUCCCCAGCCAAGACCGGGCUCAGGGCGGCUAACACCCGAUAUAAAAACAAAUUGAUUGAAAUGCAACUUAAAAACAAGAUUAAAAUACAACAUUAAAAUAUUAAAAUACAGCCUCAUUUCAAUGGAAACUCAAAAACUUUUUGGGGGAUGAAUGUUGGACACCAUCUUCCGGGGCUGCACUCCCGUGGGAGUCACGCGUCUUGCAUUUUGCGACGCCAUGCUUUUUCCGUGCGCUGAAAUCACGGGAGAGCACGGUGCCCAAGACGGGCCUCUGUGCUCUCGCAGGGGGGAAAACAGGAUGCCUUGGGGGUUUUUUGUCCAGGACAAUUGUUGGGUAUGGACUCCCAUCAGCCCCAUGGCCAGUAGUUAGCAAAGAUGGGUGCUGGAGUCUAGCCAUAUAUGUAGAGCCACACAUUCCCCCUCUCUGGUCCAGAAGCGUUUGCUUCUUGAGAUUGUCUGGGCCAAAUUUGGAUUAACAGAGUCCUGCCUAUGUCCCUCCAGGCAUCUAGCCCCUAAUAUAUUUCCAGUGUUGGGACCUCAACCCUUUCUGCUGGCCUUCAUACUUCCACAGAGACUGAAUUGUCUGGUUCUUCGUUGAACUCUGAAUCGCUCAGUUUUUAGGGGUUUUUUUGAAGAAAAGGAUGAGGAGUAAAAGUGCUUUUACUGCUUUUCUGUGCCCUUUAAGUGCUCAGAAAUUAUUAUUAUUAUUAUUAUUAUUAUUUUUUUUACCCCGCCCUCCCCAGCCAAGACCGGGCUCAGGGCGGCUAACACCAGAUAUAAAAACAAUGGAUUAAAAUACAACUUAAAAACAAGAUUAAAAUACAACAUUAGAAUCCUAGAAUUGGAAGGGGUCCCGAGGGUCAUCUAGUCCAACCCCACACAAUGCAGGAAUUCUGCCCACAGUCGUCCCUGGGUGGGCUCGAACCACCAACCUUCUGGUUAACAGCCAUAUGCGCUGACCCACUACACCACAGGUUUUUUUGUUUCUCUGCCCUGGAGGGUCCCCACCCCAAGUUUGCAGCCUCUUAAUAUUUACCGUAUUUUUUGCUCUAUAAGACUCACUUUUUCCCUCCUAAAAAGUAAGGGGAAAUGUGUGUGCGUCUUAUGGAGCGAAUGCAGGCUGCGCAGCUACCCAAGAAGCCAGAACAGCAAGAGGGAUCGCUGCUUUCACUGCACAGUGAUCCCUCUUGCUGUUCUGGCUUCUGAGAUUCAGAAUAUUUUUUUUCUUGUUUUCCUCCUCCAAAAACUAGGUGCGUCUUGUGGUCUGGUGCAUCUUAUAGAGUGAAAAAUACGGUAUUUGUUCAGCCUCAUCAGCAUACAAGGCCGAUCUGUUAGAGUUGCAUAGAUCCCUUUCCUUCCGGAGCUAAAUUAAAAACAGAAAUGGACUUUAACGAGAGGAACCUAUACAAAUUAAAUGUUUCGUGUGGGACCUGGAGUGAGGUGUCCACAGGCUCUGACUCCAGUCUCGGCCUUCCUAUCUUGAUGAGACAUAAGGCUGUUUGGCGGCCGUUUUUAUUGAUCUGUUUUGGUUGUCAUGCUGUUGGCUGCAGGGUGGCAAUAGCCAUCUCAGCCCUUCCCAAUUGUACGAAGAGCUUGCCUUUUCCUUUUCAAAAAAGAACGAGACCUCGUUGCAUUUGGGAAGGUGACUGCUACAUUCGGGGGUUUUUUGUUUUGUUUUGUUUUGUUUUGUUUUUAUAUAUAUAUAUACAUUUUUAUUGGUUUUUUUAACAUAUCAUUUCCAACAAUCAUAUAGCAUAACUUCUUAUUUUAUACAAUAUUUUAGACUUCCGUCAACUCCUCUGAUGAUUUUUCAUUCUUUAUCACUUAUUCUGCAUUUCUUAAUUUGUCUGUUACUCUUAAUUAUCAUUAACUAAUAACUCUCCACCCGGGAUGCGGGUGGCGCUGUGGGUCAAACCACAGAGCCUAGGACUUGCCAAUCAGAAGGUCGGCGGUUCGAAUCCCCGUGAUGGGGUGAGCUCCCGUUGCUCGGUCCCUGCUCCUGCCCACCUAGCAGUUUGAAAACACAUCAAAGUGCAAGUAGAUAAAUAGGUACAGCUCCGGCGGGAAGGUAAACGGCGUUUCCGUGCGCUGCUCUGGUUCGCCAGAAGCGGCUUAGUCCUGCUGGCCACAUGACCCGGAAGCUGGACGCCGGCUCCCUCGGCCAAUAAAGCAAGAUGAGCGCCGCAACCCCAGAGUCGGUCACGACUGGACCUAAUGGUCAGGGGUCCCUUUACCUUAAUAACUCUCCUCCUAGUCUUUCUUGCAAUAUUUCAAAUAGCCCUCUUUACAAAACUUCUUGCGGUCUUACUAGCGUAAUCUGUUCAUUACAAUUACUUUUGUUUUGUUUGGGGGAAAACUGAGGCAGAGCGUAGAGGGAGGGGGAAUGAAUUUUGAGACGGCAGCAGCGGGAACUUGUCCGAAAGGCUCUUGAAUUUAUCACCUCCUAAGGCUGCAGUGUGCCUUGUGAAAAGGGCCUCUGAGCAUGUGUGAAUUGCAUUUCCCAUUUCCACAAGCCUGCGCACGUCUGGGAUUUCUAGAGGGUGAGGCUGCCUCCACCAAGACACUUGGAACAAAAUAUACAGAUUUUUCCUGUUUCAUCCUUGCAACUUCCCCUGUACGGCAGGCUUGGCAGAGAUAGAGAUUCCCCAAGUGGCUGAAGGUCACAAAGGGGGGAUUUCAAACCAGCCUCAAGAACCUAACAUUUUAGGAGAUUAAAAUUAGAGCAGAGACUUGGUGGCAGGUCUCAAAAUCCCUCGGAACCUGCAGCAAAACGUAGGAACCUGUGGGUUUUCCAGCUUCGGGACAGAGGUCUUUCUCCUUCCACUGAGCACAGUGACUUUGGUAGGUUUUUAGAAACCCGCACGCAAGUCGGAAAGGCAGAUUUGCCAACUCGGUGCUCAUCGCGGGUUUCGGACUGCAACUCCCAGCCGGCACAGUGGACGAGAGUUGCAGUCCCAAAAUAUCUGGUGGGCAAAGGUUGCAGCAGUAGGCUGGUCCAGGCGAGGGUCUUUUUUCCUAUCCUGGCCUUUCUCGUUCUCUCUCUCCAGUGCACAGACCCAGUGCACAUUGCAGUCCUCCUCUUUCCACCCCCCCUCCAGCCUCUUCCAGGCUGCCGUGCCGUUCCCUGCAAUCUGCUGACCUCAGCCUUCGUGACUCAGACCCGCAGAAAUCCAUCCUGCCUCGCGUCUUGUUUAUGAUCCGCCAGCCUUUUCCCUCUCCCCACCGUUGCAGAGCCCUGUUUCGGUUGCAGCACCCUGGACUGCAGGCGGGCGGAAGUGGCGGGCGAGGCAAAUCAAGUUUUUUGCUCCCCGCUUUCCUUCCCACAACCAUUCCAUUUGGGGGGGGCACGCGUUCAUUUCCACAUUCGGGGCAGAGAGAAAAUGCAGUGUCCGUGGAAGGGUCGCCCUCGAAUAGGAUGGUUACGGGGACCCUUGUUGUUGUUGUUUAGUCGUUUAGUCGUGUCCGCCUCUUCGUGACCCCCUGACCAGAGCACGCCAGGCACUCCUGUCUUCCACUGCCUCCUACAGUUUGGUCAAACUCAUGCUGGUAGCUUCGAGAACACUGUCCCACCAUCUCGUCCUCUGUCGUCCCCUUCUCCUUGUGCCCUCCAUCUUUCCCAACAUCAGGGUCUCUUCCAGGGAGUCUUCUCUUCUCAUGAGAUGGCCAAAGUCUUGGAGCCUCAGCUUCAGGAUCUGUCCUUCCAGUGAGCACUCAGGGCUGAUUUCCUUCAGAAUGGAGAGGUUUGAUCUUCUUGCAGUCCAUGGGACUCUCCAGAGUCUCCUCCAGCACCAGAAUUCAAAAGCAUCCAUUCUUCGGCGAUCAGCCUUCUUUAUAGUACGGGGACCCUACCCAACCCUAUUGAAUAUGCGAACUUUAUUCUCCUCUACCUUUCUCUCUCUCUGAUGUAUUUACAGAUGUUCUCGGAGCUUCAGGUCUCAGGCGCUGGCAAUAUAAUGGCAUGUUCCGAGGGCAUGUGCAGAGUCUUAUUUCAGCCCUGAAGGCAAAGCCUACCAGCUCCUGUGGGGCAGGGCUCAGGGAGGCAGAGUGAUUCUGUGUUACUCUCACCCUAGGUCUCUUCAACAUCAUCAUAAUCAUCAUUAUUAUUAUUAAUAUUUCCUGCCCAUCUGGGGUGGCUUCAAGCACGUAUAAAGAACAUAAUAAAACAUCAAUCCUUAAAAACCUCCCAAAAUUAUAAUAAUUUUAAGACCCAGGAUGCAAUUUUGACGCUGCUUCUUAAGCUUUCGCCCACAUAUACAGUGGUACCUUGGGUUAAGUACUUAAUUUGUUCUGGAGGUCCAUUUUUAACAUGAAACUGUUCUUAACCUGAAGUACCACAUUAGCUAAUGGGGCCUCCUGCUGCCGCUGCGCCAGACUUCUGUUCUCAUCCUGAGGUAAAGUUCUUAACCCGAGGUACUAUUUCUGGGUUAGCGGAGUCUGUAACCUGAAGCGGAUGUAACCUGAAGCAUAUGUAACCUGAGGUACCACUGUAAUUGCCAGGUGCUCCUGUUGCAACCCACCUUGGAUCGGGCUGCGACCCGCCCGUUCUGUCAGUCGAAGGUGGGGGGUCAGGUUUCCCCAAGAUAACUCUGGGAUCCCUCUGGGACGCUGGGAUCCCCCUUCGACGCUGGGGGACAAUAGGAUAGAUCUGUGACAGCUGUUUUGGCCCCGGUGCCAGAUAGAAAGCAUGGUUAAAGGUAAAGGGACCCCUGACCAUUAGGUCCAGUCAUGGCCGACUCUGGGGUCGCGGCGCUCAUCUCGCUUUACUGGCCGAGGGAGCCGGCGUACAGCUUCAGGGUCAUGUGGUCAGCAUGACUGAGCCGCUUCUGGCGAACCAGAGCAGCGCACGGAAACGCCGUUUACCUUCCUGCCGGAGUGGUACCUAUUUAUCUACUUGCACUUUGACGUGCUUUCGAACUGCUAGGUUGGCAGGAGCAGGGACUGAGCAACGGGAGCUCACCCCGUGGCGGGGAUUCGAACCGCCGACCUUCUGAUCGGCAAGUCCUAGGCUCUGUGGUUUAACCCACAGCGCCACCCGCGUCCCUUGAAGAAAGCGUGGUUAGAGUCAGGCUCAAGAGAUGGGAAUGAAGGGGGCUGCCUAAGGACGUCUGGAUAACCCCCCAGGUGGGUUCCAGGAUCUCCUGGCCAGAGAGAUACCCUGGCUGCUGGACCUGUCAGAACGCCAUCGAGUGUCUUGCGCUUCCCGCAUGCCCCCUCUCUGCGUUUACCCACAUACAGCCGGUCCCACAUGUCUCCCCCCUCCUCAAAUUCUUGCUCUGUGCCACAGAGCGCUGCCUCUUCCUUCUCCCUCCCUCCCCAACCCGUCUUUUUUUUCUCUCCCUCCGUCAUCGAGGCUGGUUUCCAUAGAAACUCCCUUUCCGUUUGGGUACUCCUGUCGCAGCCGGGAAGGGAGUUUAUAUAUAUGCGUGUGCGCGAGAGAAAGAGAGACCCUCAAGGAAUUGUUGCCGCCGUGUUAUACGCACGCACACUCGCCGUGCACGCAGGCACGAGCCCAUUUGCACGCACACACACCCCCAUGGCCUGAAACUGCGUCGUGGGGACGGUCCCACCCAGGUCGAGGGAGGAGGGAAGCUUGCGAAAGACGGGCUUGGAAGAAAAGAAAACAUUGUGGGCAUCCCUAUUGUUCUGUCUCUCUCUCACACACAAGAUUUUCUCUGCAGCGGGGAGAGGGCAGAGCGUGCCUUCGGGGGCCAGCCCUUGACACGAGGGGGCCGGCCGGGCCAAAGGAGGCGCCUGAGCGUCUGGGGGCAACGAGGCGAGCCUCUUGGAGCGGCUUCCGCGCUGAGCUCCGGAGAGCGGGCCGGGCCAAGGCAUCAGCUGCUUAAUCCGAGUUGGCACCGGGAAUUUUUUCCCUUCAGCCAUUUUAGGCUUGCCAGCUGGAGGAAGGAGCUCCUUGAGCAAAAUGGCUCCCCAAUGGGUGGAGUGGGGAGGGGGUGGGCGACCGGGGGGGCCCUGUGGGGAGGAUGGCUGGGCUGGGGGCUUCUCUGCUCGAGCCAAACAGGCCGCUCUCUCUUCCCCUGUUGGCCUUCGGCCUGCCCAUGCCAGCAUCAACCCCGCUGCUUCCCUCGGUGUGACUCAUGUCAACGGCAGCCAAGUGACUUUUCGGGACUGACGGGAAGCAGAGCCCUGUGGUUCUCCUGGCUGCCUUCUCCCAGCCCUUCCUAGGCGUGGGUUCGAAUCCCUACUCGCUGGGGGGCCUCGCUCGCUCGCUCUCGGCCUGACCUGUCUCACAGGGUUGUUGUGGAGCAGGAACUAUGCCUGCCACCUUGAACUCUGGGGGGGAAGAGGUGGGAUUUGAAUGUAAUAAAUAAAGCAGGCAUUCCUAGCUGUCAGACAGACCCCCACACCUGAGACCUCUCCCCCAGCUGUGGCGCCCCUCUUUUCGAGAGGUCAGGGGUCACGGCUCCUAAGCACCAUGGCCAUGUGUAAGAGAUGAACCUUUUCAAGCACAAUUCAAAGUGUUGGUGCUGACCUUGAAAGCCCUAAACGGCCUCAAAGGCCCAGCAGACCUGAAGGAGCGUCUCCACCCCCAUCGUUCUGCCUGGACACUGAGGUCCAGCUCCGAGGGGUUUCUGGCAGUUCCCUCCCAGCGAGAAGUGAGGGUACGGGCAACCAGGCAAAGGGCCUUCUUGGUGGUGGCACCCGCCCUGUGGAACACCCUCCCAGCAGAUGUCAAGGAAAUAAGCAACUUUUAGAAGACAUCUGAAAGCAGCCCUGUACAGUGGUACCUCGAGUUAAGAACUUAAUUCGUUCUGGAGGUCCAUUCUUAACCUGAAACUGUACUUAACCUGAAGCACCACUUUAGCUAAUGGGGCCUCCCGCUGCUGCCGCGCCGCCAGAGCACAAUUUCUGUUCUCAUCCUGAAGCAAAGUUCUUAACCCGAGGUACUAUUUCUGGGUUAACGGAGUCUGUAACCUGAAGCGUAUGUAACCCGAGGUACCACUGUAUCGGGAAGUUUUAGUGUUUGAUGUUUUUAGUUUGUUCUGAUGUAUGCUGUGAGCUGCCCAGAGUGGCUGGGGAAACCCAGCCAGAUGGGCGGGGUAUAAAUAAAUAAUAAUAAUUAUUAUUAUUAUUGACGGCUCUGUUGGUUAGAGCAUGGCGCUCACCACGCCAAAGGUGGCAGGUUUGAUCUCCGUAUGGGGCUGCUGCAAAUUCCUGCUUUGCAGGCCAUUGGAUGAGAUGAGCCUCAGGGUCCCUUCCAAUUCUACGAUUCCAUGCUUCUAUGGUCUGCCUCCACAUUUGUGCAUUUGUGCUGUGCCAGUGUGGUGUGGUGGUUAAGAGCGGUAGUCUCGUAAUCUGGGGAACCGGGUUCGAUUCCCCGCUCCUCCACCUGCAGCUGCUGUGUGACCUUGGGCCAGUCACACUUCUGUGAAGUCUCUCAGCCCCACUCACCUCACAGAGUGUUUGUUGUGGGGCAGGAAGGGAAAGGAGAAUGUUAGCAGCUUUGAGACUCCUGAAGGGGAGUGAAAGGUGGGAUAUUAAAUCCAAACUACUCUUCUUCUUCUUCUUCUUCUUCUUCUUCUUCUUCUUCUUCUUCUUCUUCUAAUACUGAAUCAUUAUCCAGACACAAUCUGCGUCUGAAAGCAAUCCAUUCAAUGAGGUGUUGUCCUGUUGUCUAUGUAAUAAUAAUAAUAAUAAAUUUUAUUUAUAUCCCGCCCUCCCCAGCCGAAGCCGGGCUCAGGGCGGCUAACAACAAUAAAACAGUACAAAAGUACAGCACAAACAACACUAAAAAAUCAUUCAUUAUAAAAUUAAUUAAUUAUGUAUAGAUCAAAGGGGGCCAAUAGUAGCAUCUUUCCAAUGAAUCAAUACCAGUCUUUUGACUACGUGGAGCAGUUGUCAGAGCCCCCUAUAACUGGUAUGUUUUUCAGGAUAAUAAAUUAAUAAUAAUAAUUUUAUUACUUAUUCCCAACCCAUCUGGCUGGGUUGCGCCAGCCGCUCAGGGUAGCUUCCAACACAUAUAAAAACACAGAAUACAGUGUUACCUCGGGUUAAGAACUUAAUUCGUUCCGCAGGUCCGUUCUUAACCUGAAACUGUUCUUAACCUGAAGCACCACUUUAGCCAAUGGGGCUUCCUGCUGCCGCCGCGCCGCCGGAGCACGAUUUCUGUUCUCAUCCUGAAGCAAAGUUCUUAACCUGAAGCACUAUUUCUGGGUUAGCGGAGUAUGUAACCUGAAGCGUAUGUAACCUGAAGCGUAUGUAUCCCGAGGUACCACUGUAAUCGUAAUUAUACAUAGUCAUAGAAUCAUCAUAGAGUUGGAAGGGAUCCUGGGGUCAUCUAGUCCAACCCCCGGCAGUGCAGGAAUAAUAUGCAAGUGGCCCAUAUGGGAAUUGGUGUUACCAGCACCACAUGCCAACUAACUGAGCUGACUGGCCUAUCAUACGACAACUUUAAAUCCCCCCCACCCCAAUUCAUAAGUGUCGGACAUUCAUAAACACAUGUUUCAAAGAGGCAGUCUCUAAAUCGAAUUAUUAUAACAAUAAUAACAACGGCUGUCUACCAGCUCCAUCUGGUACGCAGGAUGAGACCCUCCCUGCCCGCUGUCUGCCUCGCCAGAGUGGUGCAUGCUCUGGUUAUCUCCCGCUUGGACUGCUGUAAUGCGCUCUGCGUGGGGCUACCUUUGAAGGUGACCCGGAAACUGCAAUUAAUCCAGAAUGCGGCAGCUAGACUGGUGACUGGGAGCAGCAGCCGAGACCACGUAACACCGGUCCUGGAAGACCUACAUUGGCUCCCAGUACGUUUCCGAGCACAAUUCAAAGUGUUGGUGCUGACCUUGAAAGCCCUAAACGGCCUCAAAGGCCCAGUAUACCUGGAGGAGCGUCUCCACCCCCAUCGUUCUGCCCGGACACUGAGCUCCAGCUCCGAGGGCCUUCUGGCGGUUCCCUCCCUGCGAGAAGCCAGGCAGAGGGCCUUCUUGGUGGUGGCGCCCGCCCUGUGGAACGCCCUCCCACCAGAUGUCAAGGAAAUAAACAACCCUGACUUUUAGAAGACAUCUGAAAGCUGUUCAGGGAAGCUUUUAAUGUUUAAUAGAUUAUUGUAUUUUAAUAUUCUGUUGGAAGCCGCCCAGAGUGGCUGGGGAAACUCAGCCGGAUGGGAGGGGUAUAAAUAAUAAAGAAUUAUUAUUAUUAUAUAACAAUUAACAGCAGCAGCAGCAACUAAGCCUGCAUGUUCCCCCUCUUUGCUGAGAACUUCAGGCAUUACUACCCCAUUUUCUCUCUUUCUUGCAGGUCUGAGGCAGCUGAAUGGCUGCAGCAAUGGAGCUCACGGACAUUGGCCACUCCAGCUCCCUCCUGGUCCAGCUGAACGAGCAGCGCCUCCGCGGCCAGUUCUGCGACAUCACCAUCAUUGCUGAAGACACCAAGUUCAAGGCCCACAAGAACGUCCUCGCGGCCUCCAGCCCCUACUUCAAGGAGGUGCUGUCGGAGGAGUCCAGCUGCCAGCAGCCCAGCCAGAUCCUGGAGCUCCCCGACGUCCAAGCCGAAGUCUUCUCCGACGUCCUCAACUUCAUCUACAACUCCCGGCUCUCCGUGCCCAGCCCGGCCGCCGCCAAGGAGAUCGGGGCCGUCGGCCGCCGCCUCGGCAUCUCCCGCCUCGAGGACCUGGACGACCCCUUGGCGGGCACCAAGAUGGACGACUCGGGCGGGGCCUCUUCCAGGCCGUGCAGUUCGCCGAUUGACCUCACCUGCCCUUCCCGCUCGGCCGAGCCUUCCAGCCCCCUCAGCUUCCACGAUUUGGCCAAAGCCUCCAGCCCGGCCAGCGACGGCCAGCCUGACCCUGAAACAGAGACCGCCAAGAUCCUGUACAACCUCAGCUCGGUCGCUGCCGUGCCGCCACCCCAGCCAGACCUGGCUUAUGUGCUGAAGGGAGGCGUCAGCUGGGACCACGACGAUUCCCCCGGAAACCCCUCGGCCGCCAACGGCGAGGCGGACCACCAAGGGCCGGCUUCCUCUCGCUCGCCCCCGUCUGGAGCUUCCUACCCGGCCGCCAGCUCCUUCUGCUGCGGGAGCUGCGGCCGCUCCUUCACCACGUCGUCGGCGCUCAGCCUGCACAUGAAACUGCACCGGACGCGCCGUUCUCUCUCCUGCCGGCACUGCGGCAAGAGCUUCAUCCACAUCAAGCGGCUCCAGACACACGAGGUCUUGUGCAAGGAGAUGGAGAAAGCUGAGGAGGGUGUCCCCGCAGGCGAGGCGCUGCCCAGUCCCGGGCUGCCUCCCAAGCCGCCUCCGCCGCUGUCUUCCAAGAAGAGCGUGCUGUUCCGCCACCGCGGGCUGCAGCGCAUGGACUACAUCUCGGACCAAGACCACUUUGUCAAAGUGGUCGACGGGCACAUCAUCUACUUCUGCACCGUCUGCGAGCGCUCAUACAUGACGCUCUCGAGUCUCAAGCGCCACUCCAACGUCCACUCCUGGCGGAGGAAGUACCCCUGCCGCUACUGCGACAAAGUCUUUGCUCUGGCCGAGUACCGCACCAAGCACGAGGUGUGGCACACAGGCGAGCGCCGCUACCAGUGCAUCUUCUGCUGGGAGACCUUCGUCACCUACUACAACCUGAAGACCCACCAGAAAGCCUUCCACGGGAUCAGCCCCGGCCUGAUUUCUUCCGAGAAGACGCCCAACGGAGGCUACAAGCCCAAGCUCAAUGCCCUCAAACUCUACCGCCUCCUGCCCAUGCGCUCCCAAAAGAGGCCCUACAAGACCUACAGCCAAGGCCUGGUGCCUGACAACCUCCUUCUCCCGGCUCAGCCCAUCCCCAUGGCGCUGGGCGACGGGGACUCCUUGGACGGCAACCUGGUCUCCUCGCUGGGCAACGGCGACAUUGCUUCCGUCUUCACUGCCAACGGCGGCUCCCUGGAGAUGCCUGAGCCGGAACGCUUUCCGCGGCCACAGGAAACUGCGGCGGGACCGGAGAUCCCCGCGCUCCCAGCCGCGGGUGAGAACGCUCCUUCGGACAAGAGGCCGGGGCCCCAGAGCGCAGAGGCCGCCUCCGUCAUCGCCUACGGGCGGCCCGCCUCCUCGGUCAUCGUCCACAGCACGUCGGUGUUGUCACAGACGCCCUCGGUGAUCACCUACAACAGCAAGUCUUCGGAUGCAGGGCCUCUGCCCCCGACACAGGUGCCAUCUUCUGCCACAGCCAGGCCUAUCAAGAAGCAAGUGUUGAAGGAGUACAUCCAGUCGCAGAAGGCAGAGGGGCAGACUCUGGAAGAGAGUGGGGAGUCCAGGGCCAGGGGGCCGCGGUCCGGGCGGACUAUGACGUACAUGGCAAAGCCGGCGUACGUCGGGGCCGCCUCCGAAAGCCGCGCCGCGCCGCUCUGCCAGAUCACAGUGCGCAUCGGCGAGGAAGCCAUUGUCAAGCGGCGGAUCUCUGAGACGGACCUCAUGCUGGACAAGGGCGGCCGCGUCGGGGGCAAGCGCUUCGAUUUCGGCAGGGAGCAGAGCAGCGGGAAGGAGGCGGCGCCGGAAGCUCCUCACAGCAAGCAUGCCGGCAGGGGGUACGCCAACGAGAGCGGUGAGGAGGAGAGCGACAGGGGCGACGCCGAAGACCAGCUGUGGCGGCCCUACUACAGCUACAAGCCCAAGCGGAAGGCCGGCGCCGGUGCCAACACGCUGCCCAAGAUGAAAAAGUCCCGGUGGCACCGCAAGCUCCGCUCUCUGCGCUGGAUGAAAAGGACGGAGAAGGCCGGGGAGGAAGAAGAGGAGGAGGAAGAAGAGGAGGAGGAGGAUGUGGGGACCAGCGAGUCGGUGCCGCCGGAAGUGUCCGCCGGCCGCGGGGCCGCCUCCGAAAUUGAGGGGCCAAGCCAGCCACCCAAAGCAGGGCGCGGCUCCGAGUGGAAGCACGAGUGCGGCGCCUGUGGCAAGCUGUUCUCUGCGCUCAAGAAACUGAGGAAGCACGAGCGAGUGCACGGGCGCCUCGCCAAGGACAACCCGCCCCUGGCGCCCUCGCAGGCCCACCGCGUCGGCCGCAAGCCCCUGGUCAAGUUCACCUGCGCCCGCUGCACCAAGGUGUGCAAGACGGCUGCGGCCCUCAGCCGCCACAUGAAGCGCCACGAGGGCGAGCCGCCCGAGCCACCGCCCUUGCCGGCCCUCACCACCGUCAUCGCCUACUCCAAGAAGGCGGCGGAGGCUCCUCCCGUGGCUGUCGUGCCGGCGCCCGUCGUCAAAGAGGAGACCAUGCAGGAGAUGCAGGUGUCGUCCUCCAGCGGCGAAGCGCCCUUGUGCCCGCAAGAGGUCCCUGAGGAGGAGGAGGAGGGGCCCGUGGCGGUGGACAUGCAGCCUUACGGACGCUGCACCCCGGUGCCGGAAGAGGAGGCCGUGCCCCUGGCAGAGGGCAACAAGUCUCCGUUUCCGGAGGAGCUCAGCGCCCACCCGCCCGUUCUGGAGGCGGCCACCAGCCUUGCCGAACUCCCGCCAAGAUUACCACACUCCCUGCAGGACCCCGUCAUCUCACACACGGGUCUCGCUCUGAAAGAGGCCUUGGCGCCCGAGCUGGAGGAGGAGCGAUACCCUGUCCAGGAGUACCCGCUGCCCUUGCUGGUGCCGGGCAGCUGUCGGACCCGGAAGGACCUGGAGGACAAGCCGCCCUCGUUCCUCGCCUACCCCAGCGCCAUCCAGUUCAGCGGCGUGGGCAAGGCGGGUGGCGGCGACGGCGCAGACGGCGGCAAAGUCUGCUUCUACCCAGACCCCUACCCUCUGAUGUACGGCCACCAACUGCUGGCGGCCUACCCCUACAACUUCACCCUCCCGGUGGCGCUGAACAUGGUCGUCCCGGACGAGAAGGGGCAGCCGCUGCCGUUCCUCCCCGGCGUCUUCAGCUACUCGGUGAACCCGUGUCGCGGCGAGGUCCACGACGGCUCUGCCGCUGCGGCCUCCAGCGUGGCCAUGGCGAUGGGGGCUGGCGCCGCCCACGAGGGCAGAGGGGAGCUGCCCACCCCAGAGAGGCUGAAGAAAGGGAGCCUUCUCUGAGGGGGAGGACCAAGGGAGGUUGGGGCGGAGGGGGUCAGCUGGAGGCGAGGGGCGCCGCCGUUUCCGCCUCUCCCAAGAUGGCACCCUCUCGUGGCUUUGGACACCAGCUCCUGCCCAGCCAGUGGAGGGUUUGGGGCGCUCUGGGGUUGUGGAAGGCGGCUCCCUCCUCCCCGAGAAGGGAUGUUCGGGGUGGAGGGGGGGGCAGAUUGCAGUGGCAGCGCUGUGGCAGAGAGAGAGACAGAGCUAUGGAAACCAGAGGUGAGCAUUGAUGGCGUUGAGGGGAUGCAUAGUGCAGCCCCCUGACCCACAACUUCACAUCCCCGUGUUUUGUCGAGUGGGGCACAUCGUAGAUAAGACUUUUUUUUUUUAACAAACAGACAAAAAAAAAAGACGUAGCAGCGAAAAUAGGUACAGGGUAACCCCUCUCCCCCCCCUUCUCCCAACCACACCCCCAUAUGAAUGUCUUCUUGCUCCGUAUAUAUAUUACCAGAGUGAACUUGCACAAGCAAAUCUUCGUCGUCGUCUCCCCCCCCCCAUCCUGCUCCCCCCUCCCCGUCUUGGCUCUCCCUGUUACCCCUGCCUGGGAAGGGACGGCUGGGAGGAGGAGCCUCUGCUUUGGGGGGCGGAGCUCUUUUCCGGCUGGGAGGAGGAGCCUCUGCUUUGGGGGCGGAGCUCUUUUUCGGCUGGGAGGAGCCUCUGCUUUGGGGGGGCGGAGCUCUUUUCCGGCUGGGAGGAGGAGCCUCUGCUUUGGGGGGCGGAGCUCUUUUCUGGCUGGGAGGAGGAGCCUCUGCUUUGGGGCGGAGCUCUUUUUCGGCUCCUCCCACCAGCCGAUGCCCCUUUUAUCUCUUGCCUUCCAGGUCUCUUCCUUCCCCAAAUCGCCAUUUUCCCCCCUGCCAAGGGGAAAAAGGUCUCAUUCCACAGAACUGUCUCCCCCCUCUCCCCCCUUUUUUGGGGUGUGUGUGCCCUCUGGCCCCCCCUCCUCCGGC